CAACUUGCGGCCACCACUCGCCGGAAGGCUGCCCAUGCGCCCAGGUUUUGUCACGGCUGCCAACCGAAGAUGACGGAAAGUCGAGUCUUCGUACCUCCCGAUUGCGAGGGGAGACAGGGCUCGACCCAUCCGGCGUGGGUAUGGGUCAGUAAGGGCCACAAGGGCCGCGGCGUUCUUGUUUCGUGAACCUUCGGAACCUUCGGGUAACGCGCGCAAGAGUAGUAGCCGAUGACGAAGAGGCCCCGGGCGCAGAAACCUCGACCCGCCGAGGCGUCGCGGACAGGCGGCGCGACGGCGAUCGCCAGGAGCUCCUGCUCUGAUAUGCCCACGUGGUUGCAAAAGCCAAUGGCAGCACGCGCGACGAGCGUGUCGCAGGACGCGCGUAACAGGGUCGAUCGGAAAGAAAGGGUAUACUGGGGCGAAUUAGGUUGAAGCCAAUGGUUGAAUAAACAUUGUCGGCGCGCCGAGCAGCAAUGGUCAUUUCCCAACGAGCGCCAAGAUGCCUAAGUACACAGCCACGAGCAUCACCGACGAGGUGGACAUCCGCGUGACGGACCGCAACGCCAAGUUUGAGCCCACGACGCUCUGCAAGAUGUUCCAGGCGACGGCGGCCAAGUACGCGUCGCAGCCGGCCUUGCACUACAAGCAGAAUGGCGAGUGGGCGUCGUACACGUGGAAGGAGUACGAGGCCAAGGCCAUGGCCUUUGCCAAGGCACUCGUCUCGUUGGGUUUUGACCGCUUCGACACGGUCUCGAUCUCGGGCUUCAACUCGACCGAGUGGUUUGCCGCGUAUAUGGGCUGCAUCAUGGCCGGUGGCGCCGCCACGGGCGUCUACACGACCAACGGCCCGACGGCGUGCCAGUACGUCUGCAACAACUCGUUGGCGCGCGUUGUUGUCUGCGACGGCGUCAAGCAGCUCGAAAAGUUCAUGUCGAUCGCCGAUCAACUGCCGUCGCUCAAGGCUCUUGUCGUGUACAAUGCGCAACUCCCGGCCGACGUCGAGUGCUGCGUGCCCAUCUACGACUUUGAGGCGUUCCUCGGCCUUGGCUCGGACAUUACGACGGCAACGAUUCAAGAACGCAUCGACGUUCAGCGCCCGGGCAACUGCGCGUCGCUCAUCUAUACGUCCGGCACGACCGGCAACCCAAAGGGCGUCAUGCUCUCGCACGACAACCUGACGUACACACUGCGCGCGGUCACGUCGGGCUUCCAGGGCGACCUCUUCAACAACACGGAGCGCAUCAUUUCGUUCCUUCCGCUGUCGCACAUUGCCGGCCAGAUCCUCGACAUUGGCAUCCAGAUUUACUACGGUCUCCACAUUUACUUUGCCGAGCCGGAUGCGCUCAAGGGCUCGCUCGGCAAGACGAUGAAGGAGGUGCACCCGACCUUCUUCCUCGGCGUCCCCCGCGUCUUUGAGAAGAUCUCGGAAAAAAUGGUCGAGGUCGGCCGCGGCUCCAAGGGCCUCAAGAAGGCGAUCGCGACGUGGGCCCGCCGCGUCGGUGGCCAAAAGGUUGUCAUGAGCCAGUACCACGAGUCGGGCGGCAAGCCGUGCGGCUACGACUUUGCCAAGGCGCUCGUCUUCAACAAGGUGCGCGACGCGCUCGGUCUCGACAAGUGCAAGGCGUUCUACUCGGGCGCGGCGCCGCUGAGCCCGGAAGUCACGGCCUUCUUUGCGUCGCUCGACAUUCCGAUCUACGAAGCCAUGGGGCUCAGCGAGACGACGGGCAUUUCGUUCUUCAACUACCCGCACAAGUGGAAGCAGAGCUGCCUUGGGCACUUCCUUACGGGCACGGACGUCAAGAUCGACCCGACCAACUCGGAGCUGCUCAUUCGCGGUCGCCACGUCAUGAUGGGCUACAUCAACAACGAAGAAGGCACGGCCGCGGCCCUUGACGAAGAAGGUUUCCUUCACACGGGCGACUGCGCGUCGUUGGACUCGGAUGGCUUUGCGUACAUGACGGGUCGCCUCAAGGAGCUCAUCAUCACGGCCGGCGGCGAGAACGUCCCGCCCGUCCUCAUCGAAAACGUCAUCAAGGAAGAGCUCCCGCUCCUCGGCAACGUCAUGAUCAUUGGCGACAAGCGCAAGUUCCUCUCGGCCAUCUUUACGUUCCGCGUCACGGUCGACGAGCACGGCGAACCCACCGACAAGCUCGACGCCGAGGCCAAGUACAUUUUGGCGCAAAUCGACUCGGGCGCGACAACGGUGGCCGAGGCGAUGGCCGACCCGAAGAUCAAGACGUACCUCGACGCCGGCCUCAAGCGCGCGAACGCCCGCGCCACGUCGCGCGCGCAGAACGUGCAAAAGUACAUUUUUGUCGCGCGCGACUUUAGCGUGCCCGGCGGCGAGAUGACGCCGACACUCAAGAUCAAGCGCAACGUGGUCGCCGACAAGUACGCGACCGAGAUCGACGCCAUGUACGGCCACUAAGCCGCCCGAGUCUAUUUGUAUAAUCCACUGUCGUUUCCUUUGUACAAA